AUGUCUCCCAAGCAGGACCCGCGGUUGAUCAUUAUUGGAUGCGGCACCGGAGGAAUCGCUCUUGCUUCCAAACUUCGCUCUGAAUGGGGAUUCGAGAAUUUUACUAUCUACGAACGUGAAAAAGAGAUUGGCGGAACGUGGUAUCUGAAUACCUACCCAGGCGUGGGCUGUGACGUUGAUUCCCAUCUGUAUUCUUUUUCUUUCAACCUGAAUCCGGAUUGGUCUAAGAGAUUUGCGGAACAGGAGGAGAUCUUACAAUACCUCAAUGAUACUGUGGACAAGUUUGGAGUGCGCCCCCAUGUCCAGCUUCGUGUCGAGGUUGUCGAGGCCGUUUGGGAUACGGCCAAACGCGUGUGGCGCGUAACUCUCCAUGAUCUCGACACCGGCCUCACCUUCGACAAAGAGGCGGAGAUGCUGGUUUCCUGUGUCGGAACAAUGUCUAUCCCAAAGGAUUGCGAUAUUCCUGGGCUUGAAAACUUCGACGGAAAUAUUUUCCACUCUGCCAGAUGGGAUCAUCGAUACAACAUGAAGGGAAAGAACGUGGCUGUUGUUGGUAACGGUUGCUCUGCUGCCCAGCUGAUGCCAUACGUGGUCGAGAAUGCUGCCAAAGUAUACCAAUUCCAACGAUCGGCACAAUGGAUUAACGAGCGUCCUAACAAGGAGUUCACUGCUUUCCAAAAGUGGUGUUUCCGUCAUGUGCCUUUCUGGGGCCGUCUGUAUCGCUUCUCUCUAUGGAAGUCCACUGAUAGCCUGCACUAUCUCUAUACUACAAACUCGUCACGGGCUGAACGAGCCCGUGCUGAGGCCACUGAACAAGCCCGACAAUAUAUGAAAAGUACGGCACCUGCCAAAUACCAUGACAUUCUCAUCCCCAGUUUUCCAUUGGGAUGUAAGCGCCGUAUUUUUGACCCAGGCUAUCUGGAAUCACUGCAUGCGCCUCAUGUCGAACUCUCCGCAGAGAAAGUGCUUGAGUUCCACGAGCAUGGCCUACGCACGGACAAACGUGAAAUUGACGUCGACGCAGUCGUUUUAAGCACUGGUUUCAAAAUCCAAGAGUUUCUUUCGCCGAUUGUGGUUCGUGGUACCAACGGCCAGACGAUCAACGAACACUGGAAACAAACCCGCGGUGCCCAGGCGUACAAGGCUACAUUUGUCUCUGGCUUCCCCAAUUUUGGCAUUGUUUUUGGUCCCAACGCGUUCCCGGCACACAACUCAGUCAUCUACGCCAACGAAACCCAAGCGGAGUAUAUCAUCAAAUCCUUGAUUAACCCGGUGGUGAACCACCAUUUUGACGUUCUUGAGGUCAAAGAAUCAGCCGAAAAUCGCGAUGCAAGCUUUACUCAGUCAAAGCUCAAGAGCAUGGUGUGGAGCUCUGGCUGCACGAACUGGAAUCUCGAUGGCUCGGGUCGCAACACCACCAACUAUCACGACAACACAUGGAAGUUCUGGCGACAACUUUACUGGCCGGUUUGGAAGGACUUUGAUCUACUAGGUGGUACUGGAACCCUGCCUGAUCAUCCGGCUAUUCGCGUGGUGAAGGCCUGCUUCAUGGGAGGUGUCGCUGUGGCGAUGGCUUACGCAGCGCCAUGGGCUAAUUUCGUUCCCAAAGCAUUUGCUCAACAGUAA